UUCUUCACUUUUGUACACGUCGCGAAUAAUUCUUACAAUGAACUAUUACCAUUACAAGAGGUGAUGAGCGACAUAUUUCCGGUAUAAACAUACAUCGCCCGAAUGAACGAUAAGCUAAUUAAUUAAGCUGAUGUCUAACAGUUGCAAGUAUCAUCGAUUCGUAUCAAUUGGUCGAGUUUGAGCGGGGUCACAGUUGCAGUAUAAAAAUCUGAAACAGAGAAGACAACAAGAGAAAGGGAAAAAGACGUAAAAAAACAACAAAAAAACAGAUAAGCGAAGACAAGCAGCAAUAAGAUGCCGAUUGAUUGUUAUUACUUCCCUGUAAGUCCACCUAGUCGCACUGUUAUAUUACUCGCAAAAGCACUAGGCAUUCACUUUAACCUGAAGAUCGUAAACAUUCCAAUGGGGGAGCAUUUAAAGCCGGAAUUUUUACAGAUUAAUCCGCAACAUACAAUACCAGUCAUCGAUGAUAACGGUUUUAUUUUAUGGGAAAGUCGUGCUAUUAUGGCUUAUUUAGUGAGCAAAUACGCGAGAAAUGACUCCCUUUAUCCAAAAGAUACGAAAGAAAGGGCAAAAGUCGAUCAAAUGAUGUACUUCGAUGGUGGCACCCUCUGGCCUAAAAUAUUUAAUUGUUAUAUGCCAUUUUGUCGAGGUCAAGCGGAUUCAGUUAAUGAAGCAGAUGUAGCUCAACUAGAGAAAUCGUUUGAAGUGCUCAACGCUUUCCUCGACGGCAAAGAAUUUGCGACCGGUGAUAAUCUGACCAUCGCCGAUUUCACUAUCAGUACAACUAUUUGUGUAGUACUAGUGAAUUUCAAGAUGCCUAUUGAUCUUUACCAACUUACUGGAAGUUCGCCAUGUCGGACCGUGCGCUUGGCAGCGGCGGCCAUAGGAGUGGAUUUAAACUUGAAGAACGUGGACCUCAAGGCCGGCGAACACCUGAAAUCUGAAUUUAUUAAGAUGAAUCCACAACAUACAGUGCCUACAUUGGAUGACAAUGGCCUAUAUUUAUGAGAAAGUCGCGCAAUUAUGACUUACCUGGCUAAUCAAUAUGAUAAGAACGGUUCUCUUUACCCAAAAGAUCCAAAGAAACGAGCCUUAGUUGAUCAGAGACUAUGUUUUGACUUGGGAACUCUAUAUCAAUCUUUUAUCAAUUAUUAUCAACUGGUAGUUACUGGUGUCACUCCGGAGCAAGCAAAAUACGAUAAAAUGAACGAUGUUUUAUCUUUCUUGGAUAAAUUUCUAGAAGGGGAAAAUUAUGUGGCAGGAAAAACUCUAACUCUCGCCGAUCUUGCCUUGGUCGUCACCAUUUCCAAUUAUCAGGUUGUGGGUCAUGAUUUGAGUAAAUACAGCAACAUUUUGAGAUGGUUUGCCAAGAUCCAAGCCGAAGCUCCUAAAUACAAUGAAGUCGAAGGCAUCGGUAUAAAAGCAUUCAGAGAUCUUGUCGAAAAUGCUAGAAAAAAGAAGUAA